GCAGACAUCAUAUGUGAAUUAAUUGAACGCGUUUUGUUGCCGGCAAACGUCGAAAGUAUUAAACAUUAAUUUGAUAAAGUAAAACAGAAUGGCGCAAGCCCAAUCAAAUAAUGACACACGAGUGCCCGAUGAAGAGAGUGAUCUAUUACAAAUCAAGCCGCUUGGAGCUGGCCAAGAAGUGGGACGCUCCUGCAUCAUGCUGGAGUUCAAGGGCAAGAAAAUAAUGUUGGACUGCGGCAUACACCCGGGACUGUCUGGCAUGGAUGCCCUGCCCUAUGUGGAUUUGAUAGAAGCUGAUGAAAUUGACUUGCUAUUCAUAUCACAUUUCCACCUGGAUCACUGCGGUGCUCUGCCAUGGUUCCUUAUGAAGACAAGCUUUCGCGGUCGCUGCUUUAUGACACAUGCCACCAAAGCCAUUUAUCGCUGGAUGCUCUCAGAUUACAUUAAAAUCAGCAAUAUAUCCACCGAGCAGAUGCUUUACACGGAAGCCGAUCUGGAGGCAUCCAUGGAGAAAAUCGAGACAAUCAAUUUUCACGAGGAACGAGAUGUGAUGGGUGUCCGCUUCUGCGCUUACAACGCUGGCCAUGUGCUGGGCGCUGCAAUGUUUAUGAUAGAGAUCGCUGGCAUUAAAAUCCUUUAUACGGGCGACUUUUCGCGUCAAGAGGAUCGCCACUUGAUGGCCGCCGAGGUGCCGCCCAAAAAGCCAGAUGUGCUGAUCACAGAGUCAACCUAUGGCACACACAUACACGAGAAGCGCGAGGAUCGCGAAAGUCGUUUCACAUCGCUGGUGCAGAAAAUCGUAAUGCAGGGCGGACGCUGUCUCAUUCCGGUCUUCGCCUUGGGCCGUGCUCAGGAGCUGUUGCUGAUAUUGGAUGAGUUCUGGUCACAGAAUCCGGAUCUGCACGAAAUACCCAUCUACUAUGCGUCCUCGCUGGCCAAGAAGUGCAUGGCCGUCUAUCAGACCUACAUCAAUGCCAUGAACGAUCGAAUUCGCCGUCAGAUCGCUGUGAACAAUCCAUUUGUCUUUCGUCACAUUUCCAAUUUGAAGGGCAUCGAUCACUUUGAUGAUAUUGGGCCAUGUGUGAUCAUGGCGUCGCCGGGUAUGAUGCAGUCGGGCCUGUCGCGGGAGCUCUUCGAGAGCUGGUGCACAGAUCCCAAGAAUGGCGUCAUCAUUGCCGGCUACUGUGUGGAGGGCACUUUGGCCAAGACCAUCUUAUCCGAGCCAGAGGAGAUCACUACCCUGUCUGGUCAGAAGCUGCCGCUCAACAUGUCCGUCGACUACAUAUCCUUCUCGGCGCAUACAGAUUACCAGCAGACAAGCGAGUUUAUCCGCAUGCUAAGACCCAACCAUGUGGUCCUCGUCCACGGGGAACAGAAUGAGAUGUCGCGCUUGAAGCUGGCGCUGCAGCGUGAAUAUGAAGCAGAUGCCAGCACGGACAUCAAGUUCUACAAUCCCCGCAACACUCACGCUGUAGAUCUAUAUUUCCGUGGCGAGAAGACAGCUAAGGUGAUGGGUCAUCUGGCAGCGAAGAAGCCAGAGGUGGGCAGCAAGCUCUCCGGCGUGCUGGUGAAGCGCGAUUUCAAGUACCAUCUGCUAGCACCCUCGGAUCUGGGCAAGUACACCGACAUGAGCAUGUCGGUGGUCACCCAGCGUCAGUCGAUACCCUGGACCAGUUCCCUGGCCACGCUUCAACUGCUGCUCGAUCGCAUUGGCGCUGGCUGUGUGGAGAUCAUUGAGCCGGAUCGCAAGCUGCGCGUCUUCAAUUGUGUCGAACUUACCGUGGAGCAAAAGAUUAUUAUCAUGGAAUGGCAUGCCACCCAUGUGAAUGAUGUCUAUGCGGAUGCCGUACUGGCCUGCCUAAUGCAAUCCGAACUGGGUGGCACAAACAUCAAGGGUGCCACCAAGCAAACCAAAUCGGAGGAAUCCCGCUUUCGCGAGUGCCUCAUCGAGACGCUGCAGGACACCUUCGGCGACAGCUGUGUGCCCAAGCUAUUCAAAGGCGACUUGCUGCCGGUUACAGUUAGCGGCAAGCACGCCGAGAUCAAUCUGGAAACAUUGACUGUGCAAUGCGCCGAAGAUGAGGUGCUGCGGCAAAUGCUAAAUACCACCGUGCAGAAGCUGCACCAGACCUUGGUCUCUGUUCACUGACACAAUUCCAAAACCGACAUGAAUCCUCUUGAUUAAUCUUUAUUAUUAGUUUCCCAUUCAAAUGUUGUACAAUAAAAGUCGCAAAUUAUUUA